AUGUCAACAAUUCAGAAGGUUAGACAGCGUGAAGAAGUGGCUAUAAAAAAUGCCAUUUCACAGGAUCAAUCCCAAAAACUAGUGCAAACAAUGAUAACAAUGUGUUUUGGCUGCCUAGCGUUCCUUAGAGGGUUGUUUCCGGAUGAUAACUUUGUGGACCAGAAGUUCGUGCCAGAGAAAUGUAAUAAAGACUAUGACAAAUUUAGCGCUUCCAGCAUUCGUAUCAAGACUUUGGUCAGAGAUAAGAGCGAAGAAGCCGAUUUGUUUUUAGACUGGCUGGAAAAUGGGGUGUUCCAAUCUUUGAAAAAGGGCUACCUAAAGGCAAUUUCUCUAGGCAUUUUCAUUGACGAGAAUAAUCCAAAUGACCUAAUCGAGACGUAUCUUUUUUCGUUCAAAUAUUCUCAGGAUUCUAUCUCAAUAAGCAUUAACGAUCAAACAGACACUAUUUCCUUGUUGGAUUCGAGGAAAAUGGUCCAGCAAUUGAUGAGGAGAUUUAUUAUUAUAACGCAAUCGCUUGAUCCCUUACCUGAAAAACGUUUUUUAACAAUGAGACUAAUGUUCAAUGAAAAUGCCCCUUCCGAAUACCAGCCAAAACUGUUCAAAGAUGCCACAAAGGAACCUCCAACUUUGAUCACAUUGCCAAAAGGUAACGAGUUGGAAACCUUUUCUGUGGGAUCCUUGAACACAUCAGUACAUAAAGUUGGCCUUAAGGUGCUUUCUUUAGCCGACAACGCUAUCCAACAGCAAUUAACUACAGGACCCACCACUCAACUUGACCCCUUCGAUAUGUUAGAAGAGAACAUCGAACUUCCCCAAGAGACUCCUGAAAAUAGUCAAAUGACAAUGCAAAGUCAAACUACUAAAAUGCUUCAAAACUAUUUGAAAUCGUCACCAGCGAAAUGUCAACCAACACAGGCUAUGCAGUCUGAAGAAAAAACCACUGUAACCGAAGCAGUGACCAAGCAAAGGCAGCUCAGAUGCAUGAGUUGUAAGAAAUUCUUACUCGCGAUUUGUUACGGAAACGAAUCUAGACGUUUCAUUCCUGAAUGCGUAGAAUGUUUAACUGAUGGUAAACUUGAUACAAACUCAAGAAACUUCCAAAGGUUUAUGACCACAAGAAAAAUAUAUAGAUACAUGGCAAAAAAACCAGACUUCCCACAUUCUUUUUCCGACCUGGUUUCAGUUAUUAGUGGACCUUCAGCAUCAGCUUCAGACAAAUCUAUCGUGAGCGACUCACUUUCUGUUCUCUUAAUGGAUGAAGUUUUCUUGGUAGAAGAAGACGUCAGAGUCAGCUACUCUGGAACGCAGUUGAGAUCAUCAGGAUUCAUUGAGGUAGAUACAGAUGAGAUUGUCUCACCGAGUGGUCCACUUAAAAGGGGUAAGUAUGCAUGGACUUUCAUGCUACACUCCGCAAAAGCACAUUCUUUCUAUACGGAACAUUACGCUAAAACAGAGGCACAACUCCAACAGCUCUUAAAAGAGUGUUCUGACACCUUUCAGAAAAUGAGAGAAACAUUGGUUAAUAACGAAAGUAGUAAUUCUUUGGCCCUCCAUAAAUUGAAUAUCAACGACACUGAGAAGACCAGUCUUGGUAAUGACAGUGUUGUCAAAAAAAGGUCGUAUAAUGACGAUAUUGAUGAUGAAACCCAAGGCGAAUCCGAUUUGGACACUCAGGAUAACCAGCACCAGGGAAAAGUAAGAAAGAUCAGUGUGUCCAAAAAGACUCUCAAAAGUGCCUGGUAA